AUGGACCCAUUCAGUAUUGCACAGUUGAUUCUCCUCUCGGGGGAAAUUAUCAGUGCGUGUUACAUCUACGGCUGUGCUGUUUCUCAUGCCCCAGAAGAUUUACGGAAGCUCGUUGAGGAAACCACUUCCCUGAGCGGCAUCUUCGUGGCAAUCCAGGGUCUGGUCAACGCGGAUAGAUUUGUAGCCACUCAAAAGGAGGCGCUGUCCAAUUCCUUGAAAGAAUGCCAGGUUACACUCCGGCAACUGAAGGAUAUCCUACAAUCUAUACAUCCAGGGCCAGAGGAGAAGAAGAUGAAGGUCUUGAAGAGGCUCCUAUGGCCACUGAAACAGAAUGAAACGACGAAAAUUCUGGAAAGUCUUGGCCGACAUAAGAGCUCACUGAACUUGCUUCUCGCCCUUGAAGCCACUCUGGAGGCCCAGCAAACGCAGAUCGUCCUAUAUGAACUCCAACAGGCACUCCAGGAUGAUAGAGAGGAGCGCAGAGGCCGUGAAAUUAGGGAGCGCCGAAUCCAAGUAAAUCAAUGGCUGUGCGGUAUUAACUUUACGACUACCCAUGAUCGUGCUUCCUCAGAGCACUCCUCGGGGACCGGGGCUUGGGUUCUGAAUAGCGAGCAUUUGCAGUGCUGGCUUUUUGGAGGACAUGGUCUUCUAUGGAUUCAUGGAAUUCCGGGAUCAGGCAAAACAGUAUUGAUGAGUACGAUCUUGAACCAGUGUCUUUUAUCCAGUGCCUCCGAGAAAGACAUCAUUGCUUACUACUAUUGUGACUUUCGGAGUCAUGAUAGUUGUCGGCCUGAAUCUGUCAUUGGAGCCAUUAUCCUUCAAAUCUGCGAGGCUUUAACUUUCCUUCCUGAACAUGUAGAGGACUCAUAUACGCGUCAUAUUGGGAAGGACGGCAAGGCCGCAGCGCCAAGUUUUCAAGAAUUGGAGGUCCUACUGAGCGAAACUCUGGCUCUGGUACCGAAUGUCACAAUUGUUGUGGACGCCUUGGAUGAAUGCCACGAGAGGGAAUCGCUCGUCAAAAUUCUGAGCGACUUACCCUCCAAUGCCUCUGCAAGUGUCAAAGUGUUAGUCUCUAGCCGCAGAGAGGUUGAUAUUGUUCGACUGUUGAAGGAUCAUCCUAGUAUCUCAACACAGUGCCAGGAUGCCGAUGAAGACAUCCAUCACUAUAUCCGUGCGUCCAUCAAACUUAGGCCAAGGUUACAAAAGCUGAAUCAGGCAUCGCAAGAACACAUAGUGGAAACUCUGACCAAAGGCGCUGGCGGAAUGUUUCGCUGGGUGAAAUGUCAACUCGACGAACUUGCCCGCCUCCGAACUGAUGGCGCCAUCAAAUCCGCCCUCUGCGGCCUUCCUCGCGAUCUUGACGAAACAUAUGAGCGAAUAUUAGGCCGUAUCUCUGAACACGACAUACCCCUCGCACGACAAGCACUCCUCUGGCUCGCCUACGCCAGCCGGCCCCUCACCCUCUCCGAACUAGCCGAGGGCGCCAUCCUCCAACCAAAUAUCACAACUCUGGACCCAGAGGACAGACUCCAUGACCCUGAAGACAUCCUGGAAGUCUGCGGCUCUCUCGUCUCUCUUGACGGCCCAUACGUCGUCCUUGCCCAUAAUUCCGUACGAGACUAUCUUCUUUCAUCCUGCGCUGCGAACAACCUACCAUGCUUCUAUCUUCCCGAAUCCCACUGCCUCCCUGAACUUUCCACGCUCUGCCUAACCUACCUGAUGCUAUCCCCAUUCAGCACGGGCCCCUGUGUAACCUCUGAAGAUAUGAUACAACGGCUAAAGGACUGGCCUCUGCUCCAGUACAUCUCACAUAACUGGGCAGACCACGCCCGCCCAUACCUAAAUCCGUCCCAAAACCCAAGACUCUAUAUCCAAGCCACAACCCUAUUCGCAGAUCCCCCAACUGCCAACUUCUUAUCCUGGGUGCAGAUCCUCUUCGUCAACCCUCGCCGCCUACAGAAAACGUACAACCUGUACCCACGCACCGGCACACCGCUGUACUAUGCCACAUCCUUCGCCCUCAUAUCUGUAUUCGAGCACCUGCUCGCUCAGGGCAGCGAUGUCAACGCUCAAGGGGGUCGUGGGGGUGGGACACCGUUGCACGCAGCGUGCUGGCGCGUGCAGGUCGAACUAAUACGGCUGCUUCUACGCUCCGGUGCUAAUUUGGACGUGAGGGAUAAGAACGGGGAAACGGCAGUGGAUUUGGCAGAGUCUGCGAUGGCAGCAGGGAAUGUGGAGAUUGCCGGAGUGUUUCUGGAGGAAAGGGGAAUCGUUUUGAACAAUCAGAAUGGACGCGAUGCGGGCGAUUGGUGGGACAAUGUUAAUGGAAAUAUACGGAAGUAUAGGCUCAAGUGGAAACCGAGAGUUAUCCGAUGA